UGGACAGACAGGAAGUUAACCUGUAUAUCAAGCUCAUUCACCAACACAGUGAUCAGACGUUUUAAGUGCAGGGCUGAUAAGAUACUGGCACCAGAACUUGUAGAAAAAGGUACAAAGAGAACCGCGGGAGGCCGGUCUGUCUGCCGAGUCACCUGACAGACUUCAGCCAGCUAUCACUGUGAGGUCCAUUCCUUCUGCAACAUUUGCAGACGCAUUGUGUCCCACCGCUAACUCUAACAAGUCUCCUCCGUCGAACCAGACGCCACUGACCGCUUCGGCAGCCAAGAGCAAAAGGUAUGCUCCCCUUCAAGGCCGCACCGGGUCAGUUCAGUCCAGAGGUCCGGGAGCCGGGCCUCCGAGUGUGGAGGGUGGAGAAGAUGAAGGCAGUGCUCCUGGACCCCUCCGAGGUGGGAGCCUUUUAUGACGGGGACUCCUAUCUGGUGCUGGAGAACCGCGGCCAGCUGGGAGCCGACCUCCACAUGUGGAUAGGUGAGAAGUCCUCUCGGGACGAGCAGGUGGCCUGCGCCAUGCUGGCCACCCAGCUGGACAACUUCCUGGGCGGUGACCCCGUUCAGCACAGGCAGGUUCAGGGCUACGAGUCCCAGGAGUUCAUGACCCUCUUCCCCAGAGGGGUCAGCUACAAGGAGGGUGGUGUGGAGUCGGGCUUCAGGAGGCCCCAGGACUCGGGGACUGUGCACAGACUGUACCAGAUCAAAGGGAAACGCAACAUCCGUGCCAAGGAGGUGGAGCUGUCCUGGAGCAGCUUCAACAAGGGGGACUGCUUCAUCCUUGACCUGGGAGAGAUGAUUGUGUCGUGGAUCGGGUCACAAGCCAACAUCUUCGAGAAGCAGAAAGUGCGUGAGAUCGCCUCGCUGAUCCGCGACACGGACAGACACGGGAAAGCCCGAAUUGUGGACACCAGCGAGGGUGAGGAGCCUGAGGAGAUGCUCAAGGUCCUGGGACAGAUGCCAGCACUGGCCGAGAGCACGCCAGAAGAGGACAGUAAAGCAGACGCUUCCAACACCGCUUCACUCUACAAGGUGUCGGAUGUGACGGGUUCCAUGACUAUGACCAAAGUGUCAGAGAAGAGCCCGUUUGCUCAGGAGCUGCUGGUUCGCGACGACUGCUUCAUUCUGGACAACGGCGCCAACGGAAAGAUCUUCGUCUGGAAAGGUAAUGGAGCAAAUGCGGAGGAGAAGAGGGUGGCCUUACAGAUGGCGGAAAACUUCAUCGAACAAAUGAAGUACCCCAGGAUGAAAACACAGGUGGAGAUUCUGCCGCAGGGGAAGGAGACCAUCAUCUUCAAGCAGUUCUUCAAGAACUGGAACUAAACAGUUCGCGGGAAUACUUGACAAAACCCCGCGCUCUGGAAGAAGCUGCAUAUCUGAAAACAGACAGCAUCUCAAAAAUCUCAAAUACAUUUCUUUUUUCUUUUUUUUAUAUGCAUUUACUUGUAUGUAUAUAUUUGUAAGGUAACCUGCUGACAGAGCAGCUGUAGCCCUGGUACAAUCAGUUAUGUGAUGCCACUUUUUAUAAAAUGCAAACAAGUUUUCUUCAGAGUACAGAGAUAUAAAAAGAACCUCGAGUAAA